AAGACAAUAUGGUGACCGCGCAGACCGCGCUGAGAAGAAGGCCGUGUGUGUUAAAUUUACCCAACUACUACACCAUGUAAACACGUAAAAGAAAAUUAGGGUCGCCGGGGCGUUUAAAUAGCUUACAAAGGAAGAUGGCCCACGUUACGGUAGACUGGAACCCCCUAGGAAAGGUGUAUUAUAGAAAAAUUGAGCUAUAUAGCAUGGCCUGGCAAGAAACUGUGGAUCUUUCCAAGUUUAUUGUAAGUGCUGCACCGUUUGGAGGUCCAAUAGCUCUGAUGAGAGCAGAUAAACAUUUUGUACGAGUCCAAGGAUCAUCCAUUAACAAGCCAGUUAUUCAUAUUUUUUCCUCUGCUGGGAAGGAACUUGCUUCUGUCAAGUGGGAUGCUGGCUCAGUUGUUCAGAUGGGUUGGUCAGUCACUGAAGAUCUCCUGUGUGUAGCUGAUGAUGGCACCGUCUUGGUGUAUGACAUUCAUGGUGCGAUCAAGAAAACUUUAACCAUGGGACAGGAUGCCAAGGAAUCCAAGGUUAUUGAUUGUAAAAUUUACAACUUUGCUGGAAGAACAGGCAUAGCAGUACUGACUGGCAGCUACCACUUUUAUGUGGUUAACAACCUGGAAGAGGUCCGUAGUCGACGUUUUUUUGAUCCUCCAGGUUUAGAUGCCCCACCAAGCAGCUGGGUGAUAAUGCCUCAUGACAGAGGCUCUUCUUUACUUGUGGCAAUCGAUCAUCUUCUCUAUCUUACAGAAAAAAGUCAGUGUAACAAACAGACUGUGAACUUCAAGGAAGGACCAGUAAAUUCCAUUACAGAGAUGGCAAUAUCAUAUAACUUUGAAUACCUGGCAAUGUUCACUGAUACUGGCUUGCUAUGGAUUGGAUCUGCAAAUUUGGAGAAAGUGUACUGUGUGUUCGACACUGGUUGUCUUUCAAGACCCAAACAGCUGGCAUGGUGUGCAAUGGGUGCAGUCAUAUGUUAUUGGGAUGAUUACUUAGAUGUGGUUGGACCAACAAAAGACACCGUUAGAUAUCAGAUGGACAGUGUAGUGCACUUGGUACAGGAAGCGGAUGGAGUGAGAAUUAUUGGCAAUGACGCUCAUGAACUGCUGCAGAGAGUUCCUGCGGCCGUGGAGCAAGUAUUCAAAAUUGGUUCAAUGGAACCUGGGGCCAUGUUGUUUGAUGCUUCAAAAGAAUUUGAGAAAAAGAGUGCCAGAGCGGAGGAGUACAUUCGCAUGAUUAAGGAUCGACUUUCAGAAGCUGUACAGCAGUGUAUCCAAGCAGCUGCUGGAGAGCACGAGCCUGCAGUACAAAGAGGUCUUUUGAGGGCCGCUUCGUUUGGAAAAAGCUUCUUAAAUGACAUGCCUCCACAGGCAUUCGUGACAAUGUGUAGAAAUCUGAGAGUUUUGAAUGCCGUGCGGGACUACAUGGUGGGUGUGCCACUCACAUACAGCCAACUGGAAAAGCUUACGAUGAAAACUUUGAUCGACAGACUUGUUCUACGACGUCACUAUUGUCUGGCCAUUCGGAUCUGUGAUUAUUUGAAGAUGCCUAAAGGAGAAGGGGCCAGUCGUAUCCUUGGGCACUGGGCCUGUUAUAAAGUUCAACAAGCAAAUGUUGAUGACGAGGAAAUAGCCCGAGCCAUCAAUUCCAAACUCGGAGAGACCCCUGGGAUAUCAUAUUCAGAGAUUGCGUCCAAAGCAGUGGACUGUGGAAGAACACAUCUUGCUAUCAAGCUGCUGGACUAUGAAGCAAAGGCUGCCGAUCAAGUCCCACUGCUCAUGCGUAUGAAGAAAGAUGACCUGGCACUCGAAAAAGCCAUCAUGAGUGGUGACACAGACUUAGUGUACAUGGUUGUGAUGCAUCUGAAGGACAAUUUGACUCUGGGAGAGUUCCUGAUGGCUAUACGUCAUAGGCCUGUAGCCCUUAGCCUAUACAUCAAGUAUUGUAAAGAACAAGAUCGUCGCACACUCGUUGACUUGUUUUACCAGGAUGAUCAGUUUCUGAACAGUGGCAACGCCUUUGUACAAGACAGCUACAGUGAAAAGACGCUAGAGGCCAAGACUAAAGCACUGUCGAAGGCGCAGAUGUCAUACCAACAAGGAAACUUUUGGUUUUAUGCAAAGGCAACAGAAGAACAGAUUAAACUGAUGGAAUAUCAAGUUAGACUGAGGGAAAAGCACCCAAAGACCUUUAUGGAUAUGUCUUUGAGUGAUACCAUUUACCAGUGUGUUCUUCUCGGAGACUUGAAAGCAGUCGAACAAUUGAAGAAAGAGUUCAAAGUUCCAGACAAAAGGUUUUAUUGGCUGAAAGUCAGAGCACUUGCUGAAGGUAAAAAAUGGCUGGAACUGGACAAGUUUUCAAAAACGCGAAAAUCUCCCAUAGGAUAUGAGCCAUUUUUCGAUGCUUGCCUUGAAUUCAACAACAGGAUUGAGGCAGAAAAAUACGUCCCUCGAGUUCUACCAGAGAACAAAGUGGCCUGCUUUGUCAAACUUGGGAAAUUCGAGGAUGCGGCAGAAACAGCUUUUUCUCAGAAGAGCGAGGAGGAUCUGGAUCUAGUUCUUGGGAAAUGCGCAUCAUCAAACCGAACGCUGGCCAAUCGUAUCCAGGAAAUGAAGGCUCACUUGCGGCAGAGGCGCUAACUUCAUAUGGAGCGCGAGAAAAAUGAGAGAAUAUUUCAUUUCAGAAUAGUUUUCAAUAAAAUGGACCAAAGAAUUUCAAAAUACUUAAAAAAAAAUUAAAUUUAAGCCACAAAUUGCUAGUAAGGUUUGGUCAGAUGGACUUGCGCGCUCUGUUGGUCAAAGGUCAUCACACGCGAGAUGCAUGUAACACUUAAAAAGCGGAAAUUUCCCAAAUUACUGCUGUGUUAUUUUUAUUUGUUUCCAAAGCAGUUGGUUGGAUAAUCACUUGAGAGACUGUAUUAAAUACAUUUGUUAAAUUUAGUUAGACCUAACACAACUUGAAACUUGCCUUAAAAUUAGACCUUUAUGACUAGUAAUAAUCGAAGAUUAACUAAGUGCG